AUGUCACUGGUUGCCAAAUCCAAUCUAAUACGAAUCAAUUCUUUGAACAACAACAUUUCAAGAACAUUGGAGUCCAUUGAAAACAUCGACUCCGUGAUACGAAAAAAAGAACAGUCAUGGCUUGCACCCCAUGAACUAUCAAAUGAUAAAUCAGAUAUUCCAAGUAAUCUCGAUGACGAAGCUAAUACAUCAAAAUCAAUAGUAGAAACACCUUUAAUCCCACCGGAGUCGACCAGUACACUUGAAGAGCCAUUAAUAUCUCCUUGUUACUGUUUGGGCACAAUGCAAUAUUUACAUCAAGCAUGUUUACAACGUUGGAUAAAAAGUUCCGGUGUAAAAUCAUGUGAAUUAUGUAAAUUUGAAUUCAUCAUGCAUUCAGAAAUCAAACCGUUCAAACAGUGGCAAAAAUUGGAUAUGAAUGUCGUCGAACGACGAAAAGUGAUGUGUUCAGUAGCGUUUAAUUUAAUUGCAGUCACCUGUGUUCUUUGGUCUUUAUAUGUGCUGAUUGAAAAAACUCGAGAUGAAGUCAAAGUUGGCAAACUUCAUUGGCCGUUUUGGACGAAACUCAUCGUGGUUGCUAUUGGUUUCACUGGCGGUUUAGUUUUUCUCUAUGUUCAAUGUAAAAUGUACAUUCAGCUUUGUAUUCGUUGGCGUCAGUUCAAUCAACGUAUCAUCAUCCAUUCAAGAGAUGAACAGCAUCGUAGUGGCACUCUCUAUUCGUCGGGAACGAAAUAUUCUCAAAAUAAACGAGGCAAUUGUAUUAUAACAGUACUUGAUGCAAAUGAUUUACCCCCAUUGAACUCUAAUACUUCAUCAUCGGUUACUCCUGGUCAUACAACAAUUCGGUCGAAUUCUCCUUCAGCAACGAGCACAAACCGCAAUCGAAGACAUGACGAUAAUCAUCAUCAACAUUUUCUACAUCGAAUUUUUCAUUUUCGUCGAUCGAAUUGA